CAAGUCAAACACACAACAAGUCGUUUCAACGAACUUCUUUUUCCCGAACAGUUCUAAGGUAGAGUUUUUCGCUUCCACUGUUUCGCUAUAGAUAUUACAUCAAUUGGCCGCCGAAUGGAGGAAGGUAAAUAUAAAGAAUCGUUUUCAAGUAACCUGACAGAGAGACGUAGACGACUCAACGGCAUCAUUUGCAUUACGAUAACCGUUGCAUUCUUGCUGCUAUUUAUAAUUAUAUUCCCGAUUGUCUGGACGACUUACAAAGAGGAACCAAUCCCCACCAAGAGCGUGGGGAUUCCUCCUCCACCAACUGGUCCACCAGGAGCGGAUGGCCCCUAUAAACACGCGGUUGUUGCGUCAGACGCUGGCCUAUGCUCAGAGAUAGGCCGUGACAUUCUAAAGAAAAAUGGAUCAGCCAUGGAUGCUUCCAUCGCUACCUUGUUCUGUAUUGGGGUUUACAACAUGCAUUCGGCCGGUAUCGGGGGAGGCGGCUUCCUGGUUGUGUACAACAAGAGCAAUAAAUUUGUGGAGGUCAUAGACUUUCGCGAAGAAGCCCCAGGGAAGGCCAACAGAAACAUGUAUGUUAAUGAAACGAUGAGCUCCAAAUUAGGUCCCAAAGCAUCUGGGGUGCCCGGCGAGGUGAAAGGUUUUUACGAAGGCUGGAAAAAGUAUGGCAAACUUCCCUGGAGGGAACUGGUGCAGCCUUCCAUUGACAUGGCCAAAAAAGGAUUUCCAUUUGGUUAUGCUGCUUACAAGGCGGCCGCAAGGUCAACUGUCAAGCCUCUUCUUAAAAAAGAUCCCGGCUUGAGGGAACUUCUCUUCAACAAGAAAGGCGAAUUAAAGCAGCUAGGCGAGACCCUGUACAUGCCCAAGUAUGCGAAAACACUGGAGAAAAUUCGUGACAAACCUGAUGAUUUUUACAACGGAAAACUGGCCGAGGACAUUGUAAAGGACGUCAAGGACGGCGGUGGUAUUUUUACCUUGGAAGAUUUAAAGAAAUACAAGGCAAAAUUCAAGACACCCAUACAAGGAACUCUGGGGAAGUACAACUGGUACUCGACCCCUCCCCCCGGAAGUGGUGCGGUGCUGAGUCUUAUCCUGAAUAUUUUGAAAGGAUACAACAUGAAGCCAUCAGAUCGGAAUGGAACAAAGAAUUCGGUCUUGACGUACCACAGGAUUGUAGAGGCUUUUAAGUUUGCGUAUGCGUACAGAGCUUUGUUGGGAGACCAGGACUUUGCAAAUGUAACACAGGUUCUCAAGGAAAUGACAAACGAGACGUUUGCAGAAUCUCUACGUCAGAGGAUCCGGGACGACCGCACAUUCACAAAUUACACACACUACGGUGACUUCUAUCAAAAAUCCAACGAUCAGGGGACUUCACACUUGUCUGUUAUUGCAGAAAAUGGCGACGCUGUUUCAGCAACUACAACGAUCAAUCUGAACUAUGGAUCGAAAUAUCGAUCGACUCGUACUGGAAUCAUUUACAACAACGAAAUGGACGACUUUUCGACUCCAGGGAGAGAAAACGCGUUCGGUGUUUUACCAUCAGAAUCAAAUAUGAUCGUACCAGGGAAAAGACCUCAAUCCUCCACCACACCCUCUAUAUUUGUGGAUAAAAGCGGAGUGGCACGUUUGGUUCUUGGUGCGUCUGGUGGAACGAAAAUAACAACUGCAGUUUCCCUGGUUACAAUGAAUUAUCUCUGGUUUGGCCGAACCCUCCCUCAAGCCGUUGUCGAUCCCAGGCUCCACCAUCAGUUACAACCGAUGUAUAUUCGUAUCGACGAAGAUUACCCCAUGCCUCUGCCGAUCCAAGAAGGAUUAAAGAAGCUUGGGCAUAAAGUAGAGGCCAAGAGCUUUUACGCAGUGGUCCAGGCUGUGGCAAGGAACAAAGAUGGGACAUUGACUGGCAAAUCGGACCCAAGGAAGAGUAGCUGGGCGGCUGGAUACUGAUUAGUGUAACGCAAUGCAACGAAACUUUCUAUCACGCAACAUACAGUAAAAAUAUCUAUGUAUUAGAGAGCGAGUUUCUUGUUAGAGGAGAUCUGCGUCAUUGAAAAGAGAAGGUCUUUGUAACCUUAAUUUGUAUAACUGCUGCCAUGACUUGAAGGUUACAGUUAUAACUAACUUUAGAGCGUGAUCCUAAGAAUAGUAUCCCAUAAUGCACUUCAAAUGUCGUAACGUGUAACACAACGAGUUUACUUGAGGAAUUUAGAUUUCAAAGCAAAAUUUCAUAAAAUAAACUGGCAAUGUGGGGUCAGUGAGGUAUUUUUAUGAUAUCGUCCUUAAUUUAGAAAAACAGGGGAGUAAGUUGUACGCAAUAAGUCCUAUGUCACAUAGGACUUAUUGCGUACAAAUAUCACAUGGCACAAAAUCCGACUGCUGGAUCGAUAGUAAAUUGCGCACUAGCACAUCCGAAGUAGAGGAAAUAUCAGCCCGAUUGACUAGGUUAAGAUCUUGCUGCCAAUGCGAUAUCGUACUGGUCAAGUAAAUUUUUAGACGUCAGAUACAUGUUGCAACCCAGCUUCAAUAAAAAGCUGUCAAAUCGAUCAUACACAAAAGUAAACAUGACAAAACAAAUAUACUACCAAAACAAAAGACCAAAAGAAAAAAAAACCUUGAAGUGAACUGUUAAUCAAAAGAGACGUUCAUACCGGUCUUUUUUCAGCAGUUCUGCCUCGCUUUCAAGCUAAUUCAGUUUCACAAGAUGAUCUACAUAGUUUUUAAAAAUAGAUAUAACUUUAAUGAUGAGUGGCUGACGCCGAGUUCACUUCCUCACCUGUAUAUCAAAAGAUCAUCCCGUUGACCACUUGCAGUAUCAUCAGUAUAGAGCCUAUGACAGAUACAACACCUUGACGACUUGGGUGUCAUUCCAUGGUUACUCUGAUUUUUAAGAUGGCUGAGAGAGGAGUGAAGAUCCCCAGAGAGUAAUUUGUUGGUUGUUUUUAAAAGAGUCUGAAGAUGAAAAAAAGAAAAUGGUUAAAGGUCAAAGCUCACGAAGUGAUAUGACACAACGACUAUUCACCUCGCGUGACAUGAGAAAAUUUCGAAAUCUAUGUCUCUAUUACAUAAAUUUUUGUCGCUAGGAGCAGUCACACGAACUCGAUGGUUUUCUUCCGGCUUUGAAGCACGUAAAUUUCUGAUUUUUUGCAUAUAUAUAUAUAUAUGACAGUGUAAGUGCAACCAGUCAGAUGGUGUCUUUCGGCUUUGAAGCACGCAACUUCCUGAUAUUUUUUUUCAAUCUGACAAUGUGGUUGCAGCAGAAUUAUACAUAACAAUGAGUUGACCCAGAGAAAAAAAUACUCACCGAUUCAUAUGUGUAAGUGUCUAACAUUCCUAAAAUAAGUUCCUUAAUUUCACCAAAUUUACCAGUACUGUAAGUCGGAUCCUAUAGAAAAGAAAAGAUAAGUUCAAAUGAACUCGGUGGAAAGUAAAUGAAUAGAGUGCAGAAAGCGAAUGAAUAAGAGUGCAAAAAGCAAGAGUUAUUUUUAAAACAAUAAAAAUAAUAGAAAGAAAAGUAAUCAUUAA